AUGAGUAGCGGUCAACAAGAGUAUAUUCAGAAAGGAAUUAAGAGUGCCGAACAAGCUACAGCAGAAGACAAAGCGCACAAUUAUGAAGCUGCUGCACAACAUUAUAUGACUGCAGCCGAUUGGCUUUUCCAAGCGAUGAAAUAUGGAGAAAUGAAUCCACAGAUGAAACAAGCGAUACGACCUAAAAUAGAAAGUUAUAUGAAACGAGCAGAAGAAAUCGUACAAGCGUUGAAGAAAGGUUCAACUAAAGAGAAAGCUGUAGUUGAUACUAGCACUGGACGUGGCAAUUCAAACGAUAAUAAAGGAGAUGAUGACGAUAAUGGUGAUCCAGAUAGAAAACGGAUGGUGGAACAUUUUGAAGAAGCAAUUGUCACAGAUUCAAAUAUUACGUUCGAAGAUGUCAUAGGAUUAGACCAAGCUAAAGAAGCACUAAAAGAAGCUGUUAUAUUACCAGUGAAAUUUCCACAACUUUUCCAAGGGAAACGUAAGCCGUGUAGUACUGUUUUACUUUAUGGAUCUCCCGGUACUGGUAAAUCACAUUUAGCCAAAGCCAUUGCUACUGAAUGUAAGAGCACAUUCAUUUCGAUCAGUUCAUCAGAUCUUCUUUCUAUUUGGUUUGGUGAGGCUGAAAAAAGUAUCAAAGUUGUAUUUGAACUUGCUCGCGAACGGCAACCGUGUAUUGUAUUUAUUGAUGAAAUCGAUGCUCUCUGUGGACAACGUAAUUAUACAGAAUCAGAAUCGUCCAGACGUGUCAAAACUGAGUUUCUUGUUCAAAUGCAACGUGUUGGGACUAAUAAUGCUGGUGUUUUUGUUCUUGCCGCAACUAAUAUUCCUUGGGCACUUGAUACAGCUAUUCGACGACGUUUCGAAAAAAGUAUCUAUAUUCCACUACCUGGUGUGAAUCAACGAGCAGCAAUGUUUAAAACACAUGUAGGUACGAAUACUUUCCAUAUGAUAAAAGAACAUGAAUGGAUGCAGCUAGCACAAAAAUCUGAACAUUAUUCGGGUGCUGAUAUCGGUGUUGUUUGUCGUGAAGCAUUAUUGAGACCUAUUCGUCGACUCGGUUCCGCAACACAUUUUAAACGAGUACAAAAUCCAAAACCUGAUGGCCCGCGAGAACUUUGGCUUACUUGUUCACCAGGAGAUCCAUAUGCUCAAGCACUUACAUUGGAUCAAAUUAAGUCGGAAGAAUUAUGUGAACCACCAGUAACUAUGUCGGAUAUGGAAGCUGCUCUUGUUACACAGAAACCAACAGUGGGCGAAAAGGAUCUGUUAUUACAAAAGAAGUUCACGGAAGAAUUUGGUCAAGAAGGUUCAUAG